UUUUUUUUUUUUUUACUUUACAUAGUUUUGAUAGUUACCAAGUACUUCCGGCCCAAUUUAACGCUUACGUCAAUAAGUUUUCUUGUAUAUAGAAGUAUUCUGAAUGAAAGAUGUAAAGCUAUCAAAGAUCGAUCAACGAGCCUAAUGCCAGCGGCGCAUCCAUUAAUGGAAAUGACCCCCGGGUCUCAGCAUAUACGGAAUUUUUGCCUAUUGAGAGUUCAUGCAUGAAGAUAAAUGAAAAUAAUGAAAUAAUAUUUACAAAUUUAUUGUAUUCCACUUUUACACAACCCUGAUCUAUUUAGAGAACUGGAUAGGCUUACAUAGUCUACAUCCAUGGAUGUUGGUUAUGCCUGCCCACUCUCCUAUGGAAAAGAAGACGACCGUAAGGAUCAAGAUUUAAUUCAGAUUUAAAUACCUGUCUAACAUUUAUAUCAUUUUACAUGUGGUCGCAGGUAGAGAGAAAACAACGCUCUUUUAUCACCACACAUCCAUAAUUUUGACAUUCCUUACAACUUACUAGUCCGAGCGCCCCCAUUCACACGAAUCACUGGCUUGGCGUUACAGACGACAAACCGCGCAGACGAUAUUUGGCAGCGCGAAGUUCGCAUCGAUUACCGACAAAUUUUGUGAAGUUGUGAACGAUUGAGAAGAGAAAAUGUCGAAAGUUGACGAAGUCAGAAAACAAUGGGCUGAUACCUUCGACAAGUUUGAUACAUCUGGGAAUGGUGUAUUGACGGUCCAAGAAUUGAAGGCGGCUCUGGAAGGUAUGGACGCUGGCCUCUCCGACCAAGAAGUUGUUGACAUGUUUAUGGAUAUUGAUUCAAAUGACGACAAAGCCAUUCCCAAAGAAGAGUUCAUCAGAGCAAUGACCAAGAAGAACAGAAAGGAUGCCUUCAAGGAGUUUUUCGAUGCAAAUGAUACUGAUGGAUCGGGGUCAUUGACUGCAGAUGAGAUCCGAAAGUUCGCCGAAAAAGAUUCCGAAACAUCGGUAGAGGAAAUUUUGAAACAGUGCGACACAAAUUCCGACGGAAAAAUUACCUUUCAAGAAUUCGUGGCCAGAAUCGACGGGUAGACUACCGGUCAAUGAGUACGCUUGGUCAGCAUUACAGCAGCUUCCGUUAUCCAACACCAAAGUGGGUGUUAAAAUAAUAUAUGCGUCUCACACGGUAUCGCCCAUCCAUGUCUAUACAUGUAGCACACACAGUAUUGCUUUCCUGCCCGUGUACACUACUUACCUGCUUUAUAAUGAUAGUCAAUCGAUCCAGGUAGAUCUAUACACCUUGAAGCUCAAGGUUUUGGUAUCGAUGAAUUUCAGCAUUUUAUCUCCAUAUAUAGUUCUUAUAAUACAUCUGAAUGUACAUUUCUACUUACCGUUGAUAUUAUUAAUACGCACGAUUGUAAAUUACAGUUUGUACAACGAUGAAAGCCAUCAUUAUUUGUUAAAAUGAUAUUUCUAAAUAUGCUUUAAAGUGCGUUUGGGUUUUUUUAAAUGUCUAGAAAUAAUAUUACUCUGAAUAAUGCCUUCAGUGAGUAAAAUUCUAACAACGAU